CUCACGGUGGACCGCCAGAAGCACAAGCGCAAGGAACGACGCAGGUAAUGAAAUCAGCCUCGCACUUAACCGCUCGGAGGCAAAAUCAGCCUCACAUUAAACAGCGGUCGCAAGCAAUUUUUGUACAUUUAUUCCUGCGCCAAGCCCUGCCGCCGGUUCGGGUCACUUGUCCCUGCUCCGAACAAAUGCUGACAUACAUAUUAUUCGCAACGAUGUCCGAAUAAGAUGUUUUUUAGAUUUUUGAAGAUAUGCCACCGGCUACCAAAAGAAACAAGCCGGCCAAAAGUGAUGGCGUCAAAAAGGCCGUCCCGAGAGUUCCACGUGCUUGUGACAAUUGCCGACUCCGCAAGUCAAAGUGUGACGGCCUCCUUCCGUGCUCCUUCUGCCAACAACACGAUUCAGAAUGUACGUAUGAUGAAAGUCGCCCAAAGAAGCAGCUAGACACAAAGUAUAUCGUGUCUUUGGAGCGAACUGUCGAGCGUUUUAAGGACAUCCUUGGUAUCCCUUCUGAUGUCGAGGUCACCCCAGAAGUCCUAGACGAGUACGAUAUCAGUCGCUUGGGACAGCUCAGCAGACAAAAUUCUUCUCUCCAUAGCGUUCACCAUGUCGCAACGCAGACUUCUCCACCUGGAACUCCGCAGGGUGAAUCUCCGGUGGCAUGUACGUUGCUCGAAAGCAUGGUGGAGGCAACUGGGCGGCUGAAUAUCGAUGAGGAUGGAAACUACGACUAUAGUGGAAGUAAUUCUGGCCUUCUUCUUGUUGAAAGGAUACGGCAAAGGUGCGACCAGCUGUUAAAUCGUCGGUACGGAUCUGGCCCCAAUGCUGCGCAGGAGCGAAGAUCGCCAGCAGGAACAUCGUCUCGUUUAUUGCAUCGUCCAAGCUCUCGGCCAAGAUCGUUGACUGCUUUGCCAUCAUGGGACAUUGCGGUCUUGUAUACCAAUGCUGUCUUCUCGGAGGCAUUCUCGCUAUUCAAUUUCAUCCAUCGUCCGUCUUUCGAAUCUCGGCUGCAGCUGUAUUAUUCUGCUCGCAAUGCAGGUCUAGAACCUACACUCGAGGAUACGAGAUUCGAAGCGUUACUUAACGCUAUGUUUGCACUUGGGGAGUUAUUCAAUGCCGCAGGCGAUUCAUCUCAGGCGGGCUCGGCAGCACGCGAAGCAAGAUCUGAACAGUUCUUCGCUGCGGCUCAGCAAUCCCUCGACUUGACGGACUGUCGAGACACUUUGUCACUCCAGGCCUUGCUAUGUUCGAUUAUUUAUCUGCAAGGCUCUGGACAAAUACCAUCUUGCUAUACCUAUCUCUCACUGGCCAUGACUGCAGCAGUUCGAAUGGGCAUGCACAGAGCUGAUUCUCUUAGCAAAUUCGACCCUCUGGAGCGAGAAGUGCGGAAACGCAUAUUUUGGACAAUUCGAGCCAUGGACAGCUAUAUCACUACAGUGCUAGACCUGCCUCGAACUUUACGCGAUGACGAUACGGACCAAGCAUAUCCCGUUGAGCUCGAUGAUGACGCUAUCACUCCCCAAAAUAUUGGACAACCGACUGCUAGCUCAAUUUCUUUGAUGUCGUCGGUGAAUGCACAUACAAAGUUGAGCUUGGUUUUGGUUAAGGCGAAGAACAUCACUUCGGGCGGUAACGAUGGAGAACAUAAGCUGAACAACCGGUAUCAAGUUGACUAUGCGAAAAUUGUUGAGGCAGAAAAGGAUCUGAUUGAAUGGACGUCACAUCUGCCAAGCUACAACAAACUCCCGGAGCCUGUUCCAAAGGAUAUUGAGAGGGAAGUGGAGCCGCUUCAUGUGAGGAGAACCUUUGGCUAACGAUCUCUGAAGGGCACAAAUGUUGCUUCGAGUGGCUCACGGCCAUGUGCAGAUGGUACUCUAUCGGCCAUUCCUCUACCACAUAGCUCGGAGAAAUGCAGAUGCAAAUUUCGAUUAUCGCGCAUUUGCUUGUGCAUCGGCUUGCAUCAAAGCCGCGAUGCAAGUGGUGUGGCUUGUACAGGCUUUAGACAAUGCUCAGCUGCUUAAUGGCCCUUCCUGGCUUUUAUUUUUCACAUUAUUUAUGGCUGUGGUGAUCUUGACAUUGUUUGUAAUCACGAAUAAGGACGAUCCAACAGUACACGAAUACUAUUCAGCGGCUCAAAGAGGCUUUUUGAUUCUUGAUCGAUUCGCAUCCUGCAACCAGAUGGCGAGAACCUACGCCGAAAGCUUAAGGCCACUCUUCUGUGAUACAUCUACUCGGUCGAGCGCAGAAAACGCAUUAGACAUGACCCUUACGUCCCCAAACACUUUGAAUCCCUCUACUACGAUUCUCAAGUCAUCCAAUUCCAGCCAUCAGCGCAAUAUCUCCUCAACUUUGCGAAACGGUGCUCUACACGACGUAUUUCUUGUAUCGGCAGCCGAGCCGAUGAUGGACAUUACCUCACGACCGGCCGCAAUCAAUAUUCCUCCUCUUCAUCUAUCCGCGACAGAAGAUCCAUCGGCAGAACAUGUGUAUUUGCAAGCAAUGAAUUGCACGCCUACAAACUUCUUUGAGGGUUUCAGCAGCGAGACGGCAAUGAUGGAUUACUUCUCAUGGCAUGAACAGGAUCAAAGUGAAGCGGCCAGUGGCUUUCAGUUUCAAUGAUACCCAAAUUUGGAUGGAAAAAGGAUGAUGCGAAUUGACAGCCUCAUGGAACACUAUAUGGUAUCUAGCCCGCAUGAACAUUAAAGCAGUUCUUCUCAAUGAAUGAUAUGCAUGACCUCAACUGUCGAAUCUUUGUGAUGUAAAUUUGGGCUUUAGAUGAUCGCUUGAGUUAUGAUACAAAAUUCCUAUGCUUUGCAGAUUCUGUAACACAGCUCAGAAGCACUGAUCACGCUAAGACAAAAU